AUUCCCAUAGUAUCUUGAAUUUACGAAACGAUAAAAACGUAAAGCCUAUGGACAUGGAGAAAGGCAGCUCGGGCAAAAAGCUAUAGGCCUACAAAUCAAGUGAGGUGACUGUACUUCAGUUUUCAUUCGGUUAUCAGGAUUUGGAACUAGAAUCCACAGAGAGCAAACAUGUGAGUCGUGACCGAAGCAAGCAAUUACAAUGUUAUAGCUUCGAUACUGACACUAUUCGGCAUGAAAAUAAACGACAAUGUUUUUGACGUUGUUUCGCGGUGAUUAUGCUACUAUUCUCGAUUUUGAAAGGGAGAGAGCAGCGCGGCACUAGAGAAGCCGGAGGUUAAUCACGUUUUCAGCACCGAGACAGCUCCGUGUGGAGGAGGAGGUCUAUAUUCGGCAGCAAGGAGUCCCUUCUGCGAUCGCGGGGGAAGCCCUCAACCCUCACUAGCAAUUUUGGAGCGGUGUAGCCAACAACACACACAACGUUCUGACCUUUCUUCCUCCACUCUCCAAUGAUGCUGGUUAUUUGGUGGUCAGUGGUCAGACACUUAAUAUAAUCUUGCUGAACGACGAUGGUGCUUGCAUUUCGGCUCCAGUCUUUUCGUUUUGCACAGGAUUCUAAGCAGCAGCAGCGGUGCUUGUCCAAUGUAAAAGUGCUAAGGAAGGCAGCAGCCUACACAUCGCCACGAGCUUGGAGCACGAGCCUCACUCACGCUGAUCUUCACAGAGGGAGACAUUAUCACGAGCACGCGGCCAACGGGAGGCUCGAUUAGACUGUCAACAAUGUAAAUCAAGACAGGUUCAACAUGAGUCCAGCAGAGUAUAUCUGGUGUGGUGAUCUCAGAAGAGAGGCAUAGCCUGACUGAGAACUGAGUGAAGAUCAUAGCCUCCUCCUCUUCCUCUCUCCAUCACCAUCCACCAACAUGGCUAACCCUCAUGACGUGGUGGAGCAGCAGGCUGGAGGCCUAUCAGACCUGGAGAUCAUCUCCCAGCCAGACCCAGUGGAGGAGCAUGGUGUGCAGGAGAUGAACCCUUCCUGCAUGGCUCCUGUCCAGCUGGUCAGCUUCGGCUACAGGGACCUUCCUCUGGCCCACCUGGACCUCUCCCUGGCCGGAUCACAGCUCCUCUCUAACCUGGAUGAGGACGACAACAGGGAAGGGUCUAACUGGUUGAAGCCGUGCUGUGGGCGGAGGGUAGCCCUGUGGCAGGUGUGUCUGCUCAGUGCAGGCUUCAACUGUUUCCUGGUGGCCCUGGUCAUCCUGGUGGUGGUCUUCUUGACCCUGGAACUCCUCAUAGACACCAAGCAUCUACAAUUUGCCAAUGCUAUUCAAUUUGCCAGCGUCAUCCAUUGGAUCAGCCUUGCCAUCCUUUCACUCUUCUUCACUGAGACAGUCUUCAGGAUUGUAGUCCUUGGGAUUUGGGACUACAUUGAGAACAAAGUAGAGGUGUUUGACGGGGCAGUCAUCGUAUUGUCCCUGGCCCCUAUGGUAGCCUCCACGGUAGCCAACGGCCCCAGCAGUCCCUGGGACGCCAUCAGCCUCAUCAUCACGCUGCGCAUCUGGAGGGUCAAGAGAAUCAUCGACGCCUAUGUGUUGCAGGUGAAGGUGGAGAUGGAGCUGGAGAUCCUGCAGUGUGAGAAGAUCAAGGCUGUCAGGGAGGAACAGCUGGAACGACUCACACAGAUCUGCCAGGAGCAGGCAUUUGAGAUCAGACAGCUCCGGGCCCACCUGGCCCAGCAGGACUUGGACCUGGCAGCAGAGCAGGAGGCUGCUAUGCAGAUCCACCAUGUGUGGAGCAAGCGGAGGAGCAGCUACCAGGUGGUGGAGAGCCAGGGCCCUGGGGAGUCUGACGAUGAGGGACAUGGAGUCCUCAGGGAGACCCCAGCAGAUCCUGUUGUCCAUCAUGACGACAUGAACAACUAUAUCAGCCAGUACUACAGUGAACAGAGUAGUGACAUGGGGGGUCCUCGUGUCAUCACCACGUCAGCCAUCGAUGUCCACCUCCCUACGACCCAUUACCCCGCCCACAACAACCCUCUGCUGGGCGUGGAGCAAAUGAGCAGCGCUGUGAGUGACACGUCCACCAGCGUAUCACGGUCCAGCAGCAGUCUGACGGCCCGCCCUCAUAGCCUGAGCAGCCACACCCUGCGAUCGUCUACUACGGACUGCAGCAGCAACGCCACGGCCAGGGACUACCACACCCAGGCUAGGAACUACAAUUCCCAUACCAAGGCCCGGGGGCCUUAUCUGGACUACAAGUCCCAGAAGCAGACCCAGGACAGGGACUUUAACACUGAGCACUCCAACACCCAGGGCCAGCGCUGCUUCCCCCUGCCCUACUGCAGCCCUCUGGGCCUGGGUCUGACCUCAGCCCAGCCUCCCCUUCCACAGGACCCCAGCGUGGUAGUCCAGGAGCUGCUCUCGACCCUGUCUGAGGACUCCUGUCUGGCCCAGAAAGGCCUGGUGGACCCAGUUAACCUGAAGCUUCCCAGUCCUACCGGCUCACCCAAGGCCAGCCCAGAGCUGGAGCACAGAAUCAACAUCUACAACUGGAAGAAUCAGGAGGAGAACCAGUACCAGAGCCGGGGCCAGAGACAGGGCCGAGCCGCAGCCACUGUGCUCCUACAGACUAAGCCUCUCAUCCACCUGCAGGGCGGCACUCCUGAGUCCUCUUUGGAGGAGAAGUAUAGGCUACUGGGCCCUGCUGAUGGUCCACUGGGCCGUCUGCCUGAUACAUAGGGUUGAUUCACACUACUGAGCUGAGCCAAGCCGAACCGAGCUGCAUUGUGCUGGCCUGGUUAUGCAUCCACCAUAGCUGUUUGAACCGUGCUGGAAAGGACAUGUGAAAAGAAUAUGUCAGAGCCAGCACUGGUUGGCUCGGGUCGGCACAACAGUGUGAAAAGGGCAAUAGUUCAUCCCAGAGGACAAAGCAUACAGCUCAAGACAGAACUGACUGACCUGGCUUCUCCAAAUCCUCAUGCUUCAAACAAAGUCAGAGCCUGGUCCAAGAUCAAACCUGGCGUUACAAAGACCAUCUCUUAGCAAGACCAUCUCUUAGCAAGCACAAACAGAUCUGGGGCUAGGCUACCGCUCUCAUGUUAGUGUUCCCUUCUCUGUGGGGCUCCGGACAGAGACAGACAGACAGAUCUGGGGCUAGGCUACCGCUCUCAUGUUAGUGUUCCCUUCUCUGUGGGGCUCCGGACAGAGACAGACAGACAGAUCUGGGGCUAGGCUACCGCUCUCAUGUUAGUGUUCCCUUCUCUGUGGGGCUCCGGACAGAGACAGGCAGACAGACAGACACAGGCCUCCUCGACCUCAAUCUUGGGGUGACUAUGAAUACUGCCCCAUUUGCACAACAAUGACCCAUUGAGGACAGAGGAGACAUGUGUGGGCCUAGAAAGAACCAUCAUCAGGAAAUCCCACUUUAAAUGGGGCCCCAAAUGUGAAACAAAACAGUUUGAAGUAAAACCAGCAAUGGGCCAUAUUCAAGCAUUUACAGAACAAGCCUAUUCAAGUGUUCCUAUGUUAACUUCAAGACAGAUUUGACACGGGAUUUCUCUAAGUUGGGUGGGAGUGGGAGUGGGUGGUGUUUUUGCUUUCUUUUUAUGUGUAUUAGCUACUGUAACUGUGCAGUUCUCUCUGCUCUAAUAUCCAAGCCACGGGGUGCUUUCUCUGGACAAACUGUCUGUGCCAAAUAAACAGACACUUUCUUACUAUACUUUUGUCUUUCUAUAACAGAGAUAAAGAGGUUUGUAUUGAAGUAGAGGAACAUCAACUAUAUCAAGCCUGGCAUUUUCUAGCCAGAUACAAGAACAGACAAUUGAAGAAAUGACGGAGGAAUUAAAAGUAUGGGGAUAGGUAGUGAAUGGCCCUAAAGGAUCCCAAGAGGUAGAGUAUAGGAAAAGUAUGUGAAUCUGAUUAUGAGCUGUGAUGGAGGAUUGAUGUUUUAGAUUGGAGUGCUGGUAGCAUGAACCUUUCUUUAAAAGAUCUGCAGCCUGAACAUGGCCAGCCAAUCCUGUGCACUUUAAUCUUUACAGAUGUUUUGUAAACUUAAUAUGUGGGGAACUCAUUGUCAAAUUGCAGGUGGUGCCAUUCAAAUAAUAAAUACACCUUUGUAACAUUAA